AUGGAAGAAUGGAAUCGCUUGGAAGAUAUUUUUCAGGACAACCAAAAUGCUCGACCUGUCACUCUUGAGCAAGAGUUUUCUAACACUAGUAUGGAGGAUUUUCCCAAUGUCUCUGCUUACUGUCAGUGUCUUAAGAUGCUUUAUGAUCAGUUGAGAAAUGUCGGUUCCCCUGUCAACAAUCAUCGUCUGGUCCUUCAGCUAAUCUCUGGUCUCCCAGAAGCUUACCGCAGUGUUGCUACAUUGAUUCGCCAGAGCAACCCUCUUCCGGAAUUCUAUCAGGCUCGUUCCAUGCUCACUUUGAAAUAA